AUGCCGCGUGUAAAGAAGGUGCAAGCUACAGAGGCAGUCGUGAUGCCGGGAAAUUCCGUGGACGAGCAAGCUUCGGCAGAACCAGAGAUGGCUUCUACUGAAGCAAAAACAAGUGGACGCGGGAGACCAGCAGCAACAAAAGGAAAUAAACGUGGUAAGACUGUCUCCAUCGUCGAGUCGGAAGACCAAGAAGAUGACGAAGCUGCUGAACCGGCGCCAACAGUCAAGCCACUUUCAAAGGCCGCUCAAAAGAAAAAGGAUCUCGAAUCUACUGCUAUGACUUCUACCGGUGCAACUGAGGACGUAAAGAAAGGUCGUGGUCGUGGAAAGAAAGUCACUGUUGCUACCGAUGAAGUCAUGGAAGAUGUUCCGGUUGAAGAAGUUGUUGCUGAAGCUGUAGUUGCUCCAAAAAAAGGAAGAGGGCGUCAAAAGAAAGAGACUGUCGUUGCAGAAGAAGCAAAAGAGGCUAGUGAUGCUGAAUUGGAGUUGGCAGCUCCUAGAGAGGAGCCUGUUGAGAAAAGCAAAAGAGGAAAGGCCAAGAAAGCAGCUGGAACUGAAAAUCCGAUAGUCGCGGAAGAGGUUGUUGUUGAGGAGAAAAAGAAGAGAGGCGGGCGUACCAAGGUCGUUCCCAUAGAGGAGGAAAGUGCUGAUCAGCCAGUAAUCCAAGAAAGAGGAAAUGAGGUCGAGGCAGCCACUACCACUAAGAAAGGGCGUGGUAAGAAGGCUCCACUGGAGAACAAGCCGAACGAGCAGUCAGAAACUGUCCCGACUGAAGAAAACGCUCCUGCCGCCGAGGAACAGAUCGUCGCACCUUCGGACACAAAAAAGAAAAGUGGAAGAGGACGAAAACCAGCUGCUGCUGCUGCUGGAGCUGCAUCCGCUCUGGAAAUCGAUGAAGAAGACAAGACUGACGAUCUUCCAAUAAGUGGAGCUCCUCCUGCUAAUAUUGAAGUCCGCAAAGCACGCGGAGCAUCAAGACCAACUACUCCAUCUCUGCCGAAAUCUCCACACACCGAACCUGUCGUUGAAGGAAAAAAAGGGCGUGGUCGUGGAAAAAAAACUCCAGUUGUGACACCACUGAGAGAUGUGAAGGAGGUUGCGAAAAAGAGUGCUCGUGGAGCUGCAGCUGCUCUUUCUCAACAAGACGAUGCGGAAGAGGAGCAUGUUUCUGAGGGAGCCGUCGUGAAAAAUCGAGGCGGACGCCCAAAGAAAAAUGUUGAGAAGCCACAGCCAGAAGAAGAAGCGGAAGGAGAGUCUUCAUCUACUGGUCGCGCCGAGCGAAAGCGUAAGGAAGGAGGCACACAGUCUCAAAUUGUGAAGAAAGCCCAGAAGCAGAAGUAA